CCACCCCCGCUGUGGGCGGGGCCCGGCGCUCCCCGGCGGCGCGGGGGGUCACCAUGGGCAGCAAGAUGGCGGCGGCCGCCAGGGUCGUGCAGGUAGUCAAGCCACAUACUCCGUUAAUUAAGUUCCCGGACAGGAAAAGUAGUCCCAAACCUAAAAUACAGGAAUCUCUAGGAGCAAGCGUGACAUCUCUCCAUGCUUCAAAAGCACAGGAGCCAGCAGGAGGCGGCUCGCCAGGCUUUCCAAGUAUUUCACCUGUUAGUAGAGUACAAGGCACACCAGAUACUUCUGAACUAGCAAGAAUCUUACCUCAAAAAUACAGAAGGAGACUUGUGUCAGAUGAAGAGAUUGAAUAUAUUCAACGUGGAGGUCCAGAGUAAGCAUGGACAAUAUUUUGCUGGCCACUGUUGAAGCAUGGAGUGUUGCAUUCGCAAUAAAUGCGUUUCCUUAACAUUA